UUCUCCCCUGCCUUCACCAUGGCCACCAACGCCACCAACGCCACCAACGCCGUCGUCAUCCGGACCACCACCACCAUGUUCGUCCAAGCCGACCCAUCAACAUUCCGAGCCAUCGUCCAGAAGCUGACCGGAGCACCCACCGACCCACCGGCGGCGUUCCGGCUGCAAGAACGGCGGAGUAGCAAGAAGCUGGAGGUGGAGCUGGAAGCCGGAGAAAGAGGGGUCGGAAGAGAAAUGGUGUCGCCGGUGUCCACGUUGGAUUUUCUGACCGGUGAGAGUCCGUGUGAAGAGGAAGAGAAAGCGAUUGCGGAAAAAGGGUUUUAUUUGCACCCGAAUCCGAUUCGGACUCCCAGAGGAUCCGACCCGCCUCACCUUCUGCCAUUGUUUCCUCUUUCUUCUCCUCCUUCUUCUUCUUCUUCUUCCAAUUGUAUGAACAGAAACCAUUCUGUUUCUUCUUAACUUCUCUCUGUUCUAUUACACAUGGUGUUAUUAUUACCA